UUGUAUUGUGGGAAGUGUGUGCCCCUAACAAACAUGGCGGACUCUUUCGGAGAGGGUUUGUUCAGCGUGUUUGACGAUGAGCAACAAACUGCGACAAGUAAAAAAGUACCGGCUUGUGUGUCUACAGAAACGGGGAAAACUGCAGCCAAAAACGACACAGACAGAGAUGCUGGUCCGUCUGCCCGAGUUAAGAGAGAGGCAGACAGUGACGGUGGAGAGGAGGUGGUGUUUGCGAAGAAACCUCGACAUGAGGCAGUCUCGGCUAAUGAACUGAAUCUUGCAGAAUUUAUGCCUCAGGUAAAAGUGGAGCAGGUUGAAACAGUGGAAGGAUGCUCACACGAGGUUGCUCUUCCAGCCAGUGAAGAAUAUAAACCUCUGAAACCACGAGUGGGAAAAGCAGCCAAGGAGUACCCUUUCGUUCUCGAUCCUUUCCAGCGGGAGGCCAUUUUGUGUAUUGACAACAACCAGUCUGUGCUUGUGUCUGCACACACCUCUGCAGGGAAGACUGUUUGUGCUGAAUAUGCCAUUGCACUUGCUCUCAGAGAGAAGCAGAGAGUGAUCUUCACCAGCCCCAUCAAGGCCCUCUCCAACCAGAAGUACAGAGAGAUGUACGAAGAGUUUCAAGAUGUGGGACUGAUGACCGGUGACGUCACCAUCAACCCCACCGCCUCUUGCCUCGUCAUGACAACAGAGAUUUUGAGGAGCAUGCUGUACCGAGGCUCUGAGAUCAUGAGGGAAGUGGCGUGGGUCAUCUUCGAUGAGAUCCAUUACAUGAGGGACACGGAGCGUGGUGUGGUGUGGGAGGAGACCAUCAUUCUUCUUCCCGAUAAUGUGCAUUAUGUUUUCCUGUCAGCCACCAUCCCUAAUGCCAAACAGUUUGCUGAGUGGAUUUGUCACUUACACAAGCAGCCGUGCCAUGUGGUCUACACAGACUACCGCCCCACUCCGCUGCAACACUAUAUCUUCCCAGCAGGGGGUGAUGGACUCCACCUGGUGGUUGAUGAGAAUGGAGACUUCAGGGAGGACAAUUUCAACACAGCUAUGCAGGUGCUGAGAGAUGCUGGGGAUCCCGGGACUGGAGGUGCCAAGUGGGACCCAAAAGGAAGGAAAGGAGGCACUAAAGGCCCAUCCAGUGUGUUCAAGAUAGUGAAGAUGAUCAUGGAGAGGAACUUCCAGCCAGUCAUUAUUUUCAGCUUCAGUAAGAAAGAGUGUGAGGCCUACGCUCUGCAGGUGGCCAAACUGGACUUUAACAGGGAUGAUGAGAAACGUCUGGUAGAAGAGGUUUUCAGCAAUGCAGUGGAUUGUCUUUCAGAUGAGGACAAGAAACUACCCCAGGUCGAGCAUGUGCUGCCACUGCUAAAGAGGGGGAUAGGGAUCCAUCAUGGAGGCCUACUGCCCAUCCUGAAAGAGACCAUAGAGAUCCUUUUCUCCGAAGGCCUCCUCAAGGCCCUGUUUGCCACAGAGACAUUCGCCAUGGGCAUCAACAUGCCAGCUCGCACCGUGCUCUUCACCAGUGCACGCAAGUUUGAUGGCAAGAAUCACCGCUUUAUUACAUCAGGUGAGUAUAUCCAGAUGUCUGGGCGUGCUGGGAGGAGAGGAAUGGAUGACAGAGGGAUUGUUAUUUUCAUGGUGGACGAGAAGAUGAGCCCAGCUGUGGGCAAACAGCUCCUCAAGGGUUCUGCAGAUCCUUUGAACAGUGCCUUCCACCUAACCUAUAACAUGGUUCUCAACCUGCUGCGUGUGGAGGAGAUCAACCCAGAGUACAUGCUGGAGAAGUCUUUCUACCAGUUCCAGCACUACAGAGCUUUGCCUGGUGUAGUGGAGAAAAUUAAGAAGUUGGAGGAGCAGUACCACACCAUUGAGAUUCCCAACGAAGAGAAUGUGGUCACUUACUUUAAAAUCAGGCAGCAACUCGCCAAACUGGGCAAAGAUAUCCAAGAGUUCAUCCACAAACCCAAAUACUGCUUGCCCUUCUUGCAGCCUGGGCGACUUGUCAAGGUAAAAAAUGAAGAUGUUGACUUUGGCUGGGGAGUGGUUGUAAACUUUUGCAAGAAGACCAAUUCUAAGACGAGUACAGACUCAGAGCCGCUGUAUGUAGUGGAGGUUUUGGUCCACUGCAGUAAGGACAGUGUGAAAAAUGCUGCAACUGAAGCUGCUAAACCUGCUGCUCCAGGGGAGACUGGAGAGAUGCAGGUGGUUCCAGUGAUGCUCCAUCUCCUCACUUCCAUCAGCUCAGUUCGUCUUUACAUCCCCAAGGACCUGAGGCCCUAUGACAACAGACAGCUCAUGCUCAAGUCCAUACAGGAGGUGCAGAAACGUUUCCCAGAUGGCGUUCCUCUGCUCGACCCCAUAGAUGACAUGGGUAUCAAAGAUCCCGCACUAAAGAAAGUUAUUCAGAAGAUCGAGGCCUUUGAGCACCGCAUGUACACCCACCCUCUGCACAGUGACCCCAGCUUGGAAUCUGUCUAUUCUCUCUGUGAGAAGAAAGCUCUGAUCGCAGCAGAUGUUCGAACAGCCAAACGAGAGCUGAAGAAAGCUCGGACCAUCCUGCAGAUGGACCAGCUGAAGUGCAGAAAGAGAGUUCUUCGAAGACUCGGUUUUGCCAGUCCCUCUGAUGUCAUCGAGAUGAAAGGGCGGGUCGCCUGCGAAAUUAGCAGUGGUGAUGAGCUCCUGCUGACUGAGAUGAUGUUCAAUGGUCUCUUCAAUGAUCUGACAGUUGAGCAAGCCACCGCCCUGCUGUCCUGCUUUGUCUUCCAGGAAAACGCCAGCGAGAUGCCAAAACUAACCGAGCAGCUCGCCGCACCAUUGAGACAAAUGCAGGAGUGUGCGAAGCGCAUCGCCAAAGUGUCUGCGGAUGCCAAGCUGGAGGUGGACGAGGAGACCUACCUGAACCAGUUCAAACCCCACCUGAUGGAUGUGGUCUACGCCUGGGCCAACGGGGCCACGUUUGCUCAAAUCUGCAAGAUGACCGACGUUUUUGAAGGGAGCAUCAUCCGCUGCAUGCGCCGUCUGGAGGAGGUGCUGAGACAAAUGUGCUCUGCUGCUAAAGCCAUCGGCAACACGGAGCUGGAGAAUAAGUUUGCCGAAGGAAUAACUAAGAUCAAGAGAGACAUCGUCUUUGCUGCCAGUCUCUACUUAUAGUGACCUUUAGUAAACCCUGUUUGGUUUUUUUUCUUUUUUGGUUCUUGGUUGAGUUUUAGGGUCUUUUUUUUUUUUUUUUUUUAAUGUGUAAAACCUCAGUAAACCCUAAUGAACAAACUAGGUCUGGUGAUUUUCCACUGGCUCCAGCAAAACCCUCUUUGGGAAUGCUAAAAAUUCCUCGAUGCAGGAAAGCCGGUUACUUGCAGCGACUUCCCUAAACGUUUGCAUCCUGUUGAGGCUUGUUUCACACUGUUGUGCUCACUGUGUGCCUCAUAUAUGGUCUGUGUUCAGAGUUCAUUGAUUAUCCAUGUUUUGUUUUGCUUACAUGGUACAAAAAAGUGUAUAAUUAGGCUGAUAAUGUUUUUGUGCUAUAAUCUGAGGAAAGCUCAUGACAUAAUACAGCACACACAUUACACCUGUCCAGAUGUUCAUAAAUGACUUUAUUUUUCAUCAUUUUUACAUGUGUGUACAUAUUUGACAGUUUUCAAUAAACAUCUGUAUUUGCUUACUUACAGAU